GCAAAAUAUGCAAACCCUGACAACGAAUAUAAAAAAAGUAGCGUCAGAACGAUCGAAAUGUCCUUUAAAAUGACGAUUAUGCCGUUUUUCACGUGUGACUUCUUCCUCAAGGUCAUGAGGUCAAAAAUAUUAAAGUUAUUGAAAUCGCGGUGAAAUUUCCUUUAAAAUGACCCCCAUAUGAUAAUUAAAGUUAAGUAAAUUUAAUUUUGGACCACACCCCUCGUGCUGUGGGAGUUAGUCCAAUUUACCCAAUUUUCGAAAUGCGCUGAGAACUAAAGCUUAGUAACACAAUGUCACUGCCGGUAUCAAAAUCAUCAUAACUCGGAAUCAAAAUUGUAACCAAGGCGGUUAAGUCAUAUAUUGACCCCGCGGGGUUGAUUUGACAAAUUUUUGUUUAGAGUGUACCUGUCAUAUUUGCCGACAAAUGUUAGAUCGUAAAAUCCAUACGAAAAAUACACAUUUAACUAAUGAAGAUAUCCUUAGUUACAUAUUUAGUACUUCAUACGUAUACAUAGCCGAUCAACAAAAAUUAUUACUUUUGCGUCAAAGUAACGCAUCCAUGGUGAAAAUUUUUAACAAACAAAAAAAGGCGUGAUUAUUGCAUAAAUUUUGUGCUAAGUUUGGUGUGCACCGUGAGACACGCUAAAUUUGCAUUAAAAAACUGUAACCUAUGGUUGAAAAAUUAUUGCACCCAAACGUGCUGAGAUAUUGCGUAAAAAUACCGCACCAAUAUCUCGUCAAUACCCACAUUACAUGAGGCGUUAAAAUCAUGCAAUUUAUACGCAAUGAAUGGUGGGUGCGAAGAGACAGGCAACGCGCGAGAGUUUGAAUCUAAGAGAAGCGUGGUAUUUCCUUUUCUCUCCCACCCUCGCAGUCUCGUAAAUUCCCUGUUAAUUUAUCUGUUGUCUCAAUGUCGCCAAAAAAAUAUUACAUAAUUGAAUUCCCCCCUGAUAAAUUCAAUUCAGUGCCUGUGGAGCUUGUUCCAAGUCACUGGGUUAUCCCCGCAGAGAAAGUUUGUCUCUGGCCACCAAACUCUGGGCCAAGUAUUAGAAAUUUGAUAAAAAACGGCACUGCUAUUCCUGAUGUCAAGUGGGGAAGAGUUAGCUACGCCAGGAUUAUUGGGAAUUACGGUAAAUAGCUAUUUAAUUCAAAUUAUGAGAAGUCAUUCCAAUUAUUUUACAUUUACUAACAAAUAUCAUUAUUUUAGAUGAUUAUGAAGUUGCGACAAAAAAACUUCAAGUAGCCGAGGGCACUUCCAACUUGGAAAGUGAAACAGAACCAGAAAGCAGAUUAAGGAGCAAGAAGAUAAUUCCCGAUAUUCAGCCCAGCAGCACACGAGGGGAUGUAACGUCUUCAUCCGAUGAGGAGGAUAGCGAAGCGAACAAAAACAGUCCUCCGUCUGGCUCACUUCUGGAUAAUUUGGAGCUGGACCAACCAUUGACCAACCUCUUUUGUUGUUGUAAAUUCGCAGGAGUUAAAUGAUUUACGGCUGUUGAUUUCAAGGACAACGCAAAGUGUGCUAACUUUGUUGGAAAAACAGGCUGAAGACAUUAAAGACAUUAAGGCUUUACUGAUUAAUGUGAAACAAAGGCCGGAUGGUAGGAAGGCUCCCAAUUUCAGUGCCAUUCCAAAAUUACCCCUCGACAACGAGGUAGCACUGGCGGAGUUUGAAUCUUGGCUCGAGGUGGAUUCAAAUCGCGAAUUACUGGUUGAAUAUUUGACAUUUUCAACUGCGACACAGAUCGAGGCGAGCACUAGAAAAAUCUUGAAAAAAUUACUUACGAAUGAAUUUGGCAGUCGAAUUAAUUUUACGGGUAAAGGAAACAAGACAUCGAUGAAAAACCUAAAACUCGUAAAAGUCGUAAAAGAAACCGUGCGAAACGUCUUUACAGUUGAGUCCGUUCCCGAUCCCCAAAAUCCCAGCGGCCGUAUUCCCACCGAUGAUAUAAUUCAAACUGCAGCAAUGAAUUGGUUUCGUUCUUCAAAAAGUAGGUGCAACGACGACGCUCCCUCGGGAAUUGUAUCAUAAUCAUGGAUCGAGAUGGAAAAUCACCGAGAAACAUUAGGCGAAUAAUUGCAAAACGGGUUAGAGAGAAUCUCACUCGUGCAAAAAACAUACCUGCUAUUAGUAAUAAUCUUGUAAAUUUAGAUAUAUGUGAUUCUGUCGUUGAGGAUAGCGAUUCAGGUAGUAAUAUUAGCAAUAAUGAUAGAAGCAGUAAUGUUAUCCAUAAUAGUGACGAGCCAUUAGUUUCCGAUUCACUAAGCGACAAUGGUGUAGUAGAAAAUAAUAAGAAUAUUUUAGAUUUAACACGGGACUUGAGGGACUGGUCGCUUCGACAUAACAUAACGGGAGUAGCUUUAAACGAUCUUCUACGCAUAUUUAACUUUUAUCAAGAAUUUAGAUUUCUUCCAUUGGAUAGUAUGACAUUGCUUAAAAACUCAAUUAAAUACUCUAUGAAAACUAUCGGUCAGGGUCAAUAUGCACACUUUGAUGUUAUUCAAAAUAUAAAACGGCAAAUAGAUUCCAAUUCUAUUCUUGCUUCUGGUAGCGAAAUUAAAUUAAACCUUAUAUUUAGUUUUGAUGGAUUGCCCAUUUCUAAGAGUAACAGUAACCAGUUUUGGCCAAUUCAAGCAAAGUGUGAAGAAAGUACGUACGGCGUAUUUGUCGUGGGUUUAUUUUAUGGCAAGACAAAACCAGAAAGUAUUGACGAAUACUUGAUGGAUUUGAUAGCAGAGUUAAAAAGUUUGCGAGUUGGGAUUAGUUACAAUAAUUUGAAAAUAUUUUGUAAGGUUUCAAAAAUAAUAGCUGAUGCGCCAGCCAGGAGUUUUUUAAAGCAAUGUAAAAGUCAUAAUGCAUACAAUGGAUGUGAGAAAUGUAUAGAUCCAGGUUUCUGGAAGGGACGUGUAAUUUUCAGAACAUUCGAUGGUCCACUUAGGACAGAUCAAGAUUUUUAUGUUCAAGAAGAUAAACACCACCAUGUAGGCAUUUCCCCGUUUACGGAGCUUAAAAUUUUGAUGAUUUCUUCGGUUCCUCUUGACUACAUGCACCUCAUUUGCUUAGGUGUGGUUAGAAAACUAUUUAGAAGUUGGGUAAAAGGUCCAUUGCCAUUUAAAUUAUCUUCUCGUGAUAUUUCAACUUUAUCAAGUAAAUUAGUAUUAUUUUCGCAUAGUUGCCCUAAAGAAUUUUGUCGUAAGCCGAGGUCAGUAAAAGAGUUAGAUAUGUGGAAAGCGACAGAGUUUAGAACUUUUCUUGUUUAUACAGGACCCGUCGCUUUAAAAGGAUUAUUGUCGCCGAAAAAGUAUACACAUUUUUUAAAUCUUUGCGUAGCAGUCACGAUUCUUAUAACUACCAAGGCGCAAGCAAAUAAUUGGAACGAUUAUGCACGACAGCUUUUAUUGAAGUUUGUUAAAAAUGUUCCCAAUUUAUAUGAAGAAGAGUUCUUAUCAUAUAAUAUGCAUUCUCUUAUACAUAUUAGUGAUGACGCUUUAAAGCAUGGCCCGUUAGAUUCUUUUAGUGCUUUCGAUUUCGAAAAUAAUAUGCAAGUAAUAAAGCGCUCGCUACGAGCUCACUAUAAACCUUUUGAGCAAACUGUGAAUCGCACUGCUGAGAGAGAAAAUCAUAAGUACCAGUCCCCUGUGAAUUUAAAUAGACACUGUAUUAUAAAAUCGAACGGAAAGGAUCAUUGUUUUAUAUUAAAGGAUGGGAAAGUAGUUGUUAUAAGUAGUAUAAGUAAAGAUAAAAAACAUAUAAAUUGUAGAAAAUUCAAACACUCGGACAACUUGUUCACUUGUCCGUGUGAAAGUAAAAUUUUAGGAAUAAUUAAAGUUAGCAAAUUAUCAAAUAGCGUAACCAUAAUAGGUAUUAAUGAUAUUGAUAAGAAAUGUUGGUUACUCCCGUCGGAUAGAAUAGAUGAAAACAUUUGCAUUCCCUUGUAUAAUAUAACAAUAUAAUUUUUGUUAUGAAAUAAAUGAUUUUGAUAAAAAUUAAUAAUUCGUGUUAUUUGACUGCAGUAAUUGCAUGGAGUUUAACUGCAAGUUUUGCAUCAAAUUAUUCGUUUCUUUUGCGCAAUAUUCUACGCUCUAAAUUGCAUUAAUUUGACGGUUAUUUCUACGCAAUAUUCUUGAGGCUAAAUUGCAUGAAUAUGACUGUCAAUUCUAUGCAAUAUUGACAGUUUAUUUUACGUUAAAUAUCUAGUAUCUUUUCACGGAUUUUUGCCGGCCAUCAGUUGCUGCAAUUUAACUGUAUGACUUUUGCGUAAAACUGAUAGCUUUUGUUGAUCGGGUAUGUACAUAUGUGUACAUAUACAUAUGCAUGUAUGUAUGUACUCUUCAUCCAUGGAACCUUAUGGCUAAAUACUGAGGAUGAGCAAUGUUAAAAAUGGGGGUUUCCUAUGGAGCUAGAUUUAGCCCUGGCUCAAAGUUGUAUCCAUGGAUGAAGUGUAUGUAUUUAAUUGCUUGUGUAAUAUUACGGACAGGAUCCCCAAUAUAGAGUACCCUACUUUACUUUAAAUUAAGUUAAUUUUACUCUGAAUGAUGUAACAGGCCAAAUUACUUUUCGAAAAAUAACCAUAAUUUCUAAGAGUGU